AGCUGUGUCAAGUGUCAACUAUUUUACAAUGUUUACGUUCAGAACAACGCAAAGUAAUUGUUCAAAGACUCCAAAUAUGUUCAGUAGAAAUAAAAUGAUUGAACACCAACGUAAUUUAUUCAAACUGUCCCACACUUUGAAAUACAGCAAUGUUUCCAAAUGUAAUUACAAGUAAACAUAUAAAUUGUAAUGACUGGCAAAAGCCCGUUGAUAAGCAUAAUAAUACCAAUUUUCAAUGGAGCCAACUGGAUCAAGAGAUGUUUCGAUAGUAUUCUGAGCCAAAGCGCUAUUGGCAUCCUUGAUUUGGAAAUAUGUGUAUGUAACGAUUCCAGUACUGAUAACACAUAUGCUUUGUUGAAGCAUUGGCAAGAGACUUUCGAACAAGUUGGAAUUCCUCUGAGAAUAUUCAAUAAUUGCACAUUGCCAGGAGGAGUGGGCUUUGCCAAAAAUAAGGCGAUUAGUCUCAGCAGAGGGGAAUUUUUGUGUUUUCAGGAUAUUGAUGAUGUGAUGCUUCCUGACAGAAUCCUGAAACAGUAUAACCGAGCUUGCCAUUCGCCAAAAGAUAUGAUCAUAGGUUGCAGGUUUACAAGAGAACCUAGUGAUUCAACCAUUCGCUAUACAAAGUGGGCAAACUCCUUGUCGCAAAGCCAGCUGGAUUUGCAGGUGUUUACUUCCAAUGGACCAACCGUUAUCAUGCCUACUUGGUUUUUACACAGAAGUGUUUACGAACGAGUGGAUGGAUUUGUUGAAAGUACAAAAGGCAUUCCAGAAGACUUGAUAUUUUUCAAUAAACAUCUUGAUUUAGGUGGAAAAGUUUGUAGGGUUGACGAAUACUUAUUGAUUUAUACAUUCCAUCUCAAUCAAACAACAUUUUCAAUUCAUGAGAGCACUAUUUGGAAUUUGAGAGUCGAGAGGUUAGAGCGAGUUGUUUUAAAGAACUGGCAGCAAUUUACGAUUUGGAAUGCGGGAAAGCAAGGCAGAAAACUGUUUAACUCCUUGAGAGUAGAAAACAAGAAGAAAGUCACUGCUAUGUGUGAUGUGGAUAAAAAUAAAAUCGGGCACAAAUAUAAGCCCUAUUAUCCAGAUGAUAAGAUAGCCGGACCUGAACUAAACAUAGUUCACUACGGAGAUGCCCUACCGCCGUUUGUUAUUUGUGUUAAAAUGGAUUUGACAGGGGGAGUUUUUGAAAAAAAUCUCAAAGAGUUGAAUUUGAAGGAAGGAGUAGAAUACAUUAUGUUCAGUUGAAAGCCAUAUCUCCUUUGUUUAUUCCUGUGGUUUUUCUUGUGCAAGAAGUUGCUAGGGAUACAACUAAUUAUAUUUUGCUAUCCCAUAAUUAAAAUAUAUCAAGUAUAUGUUGUGUGUA